ACUCAGACCAGUUUCCCCAUUCUCCCGACCAACCACAAGCUACCCACCACAGGAGCUGAAUCGCCAUCCCGCUCAUCUCUGUCUACAAACAACGCAACUUCUCAAAGGCUUAUUGCGGCCAAAAUGCCCGCUCAGACGGUCGAAAGCGCCAAGGCGGCAUCGAACGACCUGGAGAUUCUUCAGAACCUCAAGGAUAUGAUCAAGGCGGGACAACACGAGCUUUAUCGCUCCGUACCACAGCCUCAGGCCCUCACCGCUAUAUAUCUGGGCCCCAACGGCAAGCCUCAAACUCCACCAACCGCUAGCGAAACGACUCCCACGGCUUCACACGCUUCUUGGGACCGCCCCGCUCAGACAACAAGUUAUACCAAUGGUCAAACCAGCACUGGGGUAGAUCGUCGUCCACCAGAUGUGCGGGCCCCGCCUUCUACCAGCAGUCGCAAUCCUCAAAACUCUCUUGCUACUCCGAGUUCUGCUCCAGUUGCUGCGAAUGCACACGUGCAAGGCCAAGCCUCUGUUGGACAGACAACAAGUCUUCGAGAGCGUAUAGGGACCUCCACAAACGAAUCUCAAGCCCGCACCCAAGCGCAACCUCAAAAUGCAUCGGCUCCUCUAAUGGCUUCAAGUGCCUUAGCUGCCCCAACUCCAACUUCGUCCGCCCUCAACCCGCGCUCAUUGGAAGCACGUUUGUCGACACCUCUUUCGAGCAAUGGACGAUACGAUGACCGCCUACCUUCUUCUGCCUCUCGCGACCGUUACGAGCCACGCGAACGAGAGCCUGCAAGGCUAACUCCGCCACGCGACCGUCCUCUAGACUACGACAGAUAUGCAAACGAUCGAUACACUGGUGGAGAACGUUACCCGCCCUUACCAUCUUCUGUGGAACGAGACCGUGACCGCUACUUACCUAGUGGUGACCGAUACAUCCCAGUUUCAGCAAGCGAACGAGAAAGAGAACGCGAAAGGGAGCGGGAGCGAGAAAGAUAUCCGCCACCUUUACCUCCAAGAUCAGCGUCUGUGGUACCUGAAAGACGUUAUUAUGACGAAAGAGAUCGUGAACUAGACCGUCGAGGAGAAUACCAUCGGCCAGAAUAUGAUGAUCGCGACAGAAGGUAUGCACCAGCUCCAGCGCUUGUUGAACGCGACCGUCGUGACUGGCCAGCGGACUAUGGUGGAGAUAGGCGGAGUUGGGAAACCCGCGUCGUUGCCGCAGCACCGGCACCACAUCCACUCCAUCCAACGAAUCAUCCUGCCGCCGCACAUCCUGUGGGUGUUAGUGCUGUUGCUGCUUCGUCUCCUUAUGCUGCAUUCGCCCCAUUACAAAACCCCCCACCAAGAACAUUUAGGGCGCCAUCUCCUCCUCGUGACUCGCGUAUUCGUCCUCGAAGUCUCAGUCCUGGUCGUGGUGUCAUCGCACCACCAACAAAAAGGGCUAGAGGAGAAGAAUAUGUUGCAAGUGGUGCUGUCGCUGCCCCAGGGGAUUAUUAUCGGCCUGCAGAAAGAGAUCACCCACCAGCUACACUAACUCCAAGAGAUUCUCUACCGCCUACGUCACGUGAACUCCGGGACAUGCCCCCGUUAGGACGGGAUCCAAUUCCAACUGCAAGAGAACUUCGCGAUAUGCCGCCGCUCCGAGAAAAUCGUGAACUACCCAGAGACAUUCGUGAGCCACCAAGAGAACUUCGUGACGCUCCUCCUCUUCGAGACAUUUCAAGAGACCCUCGUGAUGCUCCGCCUAGUUCUGUAGUUAUCCCGUCGCCUACCACAUCCCGAGAGCCACGGGAUCCCAAACCACUGCCAAGCGCCACCUUGCCACCACAACCUGUUUCUGCCUCCAGGGAAGCUAGACCACCCCCCGCUCUGCAAAAUGGUGAAUUUUCUCGUGCGCUCUUUCCAACGACCAAGUAUCCAGUUGAUCCUCGAGACAUUGACCUUGUACGUGGGCGUCCCAUUGAUCCAUACGACCCGCGUUACUACGACGAACGACGGAUGUAUGACGAGCGUGUGGAACGUGAUGCGCGCGACGGUCGUCCAGACCCGCGACUCGAUCCCCGAGAUGUCCGGCCAUCGGAGCGCGAAAGAGAGCGCGAGUUGCGGGAAAAGGAGCAACGAGAACGGGAGCGAGAACGAGAACGGGACAGAGAGCGGGAGCGAGAACGUGACAGAGAGAGAGAUUUACAUCCACCCGCUCCUGCACAUCGUGAAUCGCACCCACUUCCUGCGCCCCCGCCUCGAGAGUUGAGGGAAGCACCCCCGCUGCGCGACUCACGUGACCCUCGAGAUGCUGUUCCGAUGCGCGACCCCCGCGACCGAGACAUCCCGAUGCGGCCCAUUGAUCCGCGGGAAAGAGAGAGGGAGAUCUUGCGGGAGCGGGAGCGAGAGAGAGAACGUCCUUUGGACUAUCCGGGACCUCCGGUGUAUAGAGACGAGCGGGAGCGGGACAGACGAUAUGCACGAUGA